AUGGUAGAUGGAGGUGCAACCAUUAAUCUUCUGCCUCAUAAGUUGCUGAUCAAGAUGGGCAGAACAGAGAAGGAUCUAAUUCCAACACGUUUGAUUGUCACCAACUUUGCUGGGGGCAUCACUAAGACUCAUGGAAUCCUAGAUGUGGACAACAUAGUUGGAACCAAGGAGCUGAAGAUUGCAUUUUUUGUGGUAGACACCACUUCUAUCACUUACAAUGCAUUGCUUAGCAAGGACUGGAUCCACCAAAGCUAA